GUAGAGAAGCAGGGAAUCUAAGAAGCAAUUUCCCCAGUAAGUACAGACUCAACGAGACCGACAGCCUUGCGUAGCUCCUACUUAAUCUCUAAUCUGUGAAGCGGCUUGGUGCCUGCAAGCAAAUGGUUAAGGAUUCACCUUCCCAUGUGCGGCAGCAGCAGAAGAGCGCGUCUGCAGCAGGAAUCUCUUCAAUGGGCGGCGCUGUCUUGCUUGGCUCUUAGCUGAAACCGUUGAAAGGCUGGUCAGGGGCGUGGGUUUCCCUCCAGCAGCACCAAAACAUAGCAAAAAGGGCUUUGUGACAUCCACAUGAGAUAAGUCCAAUUAGUUUCCCAGGGAGUCUCACCCUCCAAGAUAACGGUGUAAGCUAGACAGCUGGGAUCAAAGCCUGCCUCUUCUCUGUGCAAUGUUCCUACUCAGCUCCUACCUUUCAGAACUCCUGCUCAUAUCCUUUCUAAUCUUGCUAUCCCAUUCCCCAUGUUCCUGCCAACCUGGGGAGAGAAGAAUUUACCCUGCGCCCAGGUCUCCCAGUGUGAAGGGAAGGACUUUGAUUCUCCUUGAUGUCAAUACAAAAACCCCAGUUAGGACUGUCAGUGAGAACUUCCUUUCUGUUCAGCUCGACCCCUCUAUUAUCCACGAUGGUUGGCUGGACUUUUUAAGUUCCAAGAGGUUAGUGACGUUGGCCCGAGGUUUGGCCCCUGCCUUUCUCAGAUUUGGGGGAAGGAAGACAGAUUUCCUGCAGUUUCAGAACCUGAAGAAUCCGGCAAAGAGCAGAGGAGGGCCUGGACCAGACUACUAUCUGAAGAACUAUGAGGACGACAUUGUGCGUAGUGAUAUUUCUCUUGACAAGCAGAAAGGCUGCAAUAUUGCCCAGCACCCGGAUACCAUGCUGGAACUGCAAAGGGAAAAGGCAGCUCAAAUGCAUCUUGUUUUGAUGAAAGAACAGCUCUCAAACACUUACAGCAAUCUGACUCUGACAGCCAGGUCUCUUGACAAACUCUAUAACUUUGUUGACUGUUCUGGACUCCAUCUCAUAUUUGGACUUAAUGCUCUUCGGCGAAACUCUGAUAACUCUUGGAACAGUUCCAGCGUUCUCAGUUUACUGAAAUACAGUGCCAGCAAAAAGUACAACAUUUCAUGGGAGCUAGGAAAUGAACCCAACAACUACCGGUCAUUAAAUAGCCGUGGUGUUAAUGGUAGUCAGUUAGGAAAGGAUUACGUUCAUCUGAAGACCUUGCUGCAGUCUAUUCGCACCUAUUCCAGAUCUCAUUUGUAUGGGCCUAAUAUUGGACGCCCUAAGAAAAAUGUCAUAGCCCUUCUAGAUGGUUUCAUGAAGAUGGCCGGCAAUAUAGUGGAUGCUGUUACAUGGCAACAUUACUAUAUUGAUGGAAGAGUAAACAAAGUGAUGGAUUUCAUGAAAACUCGGCUGCUAGACACUCUUUCAGAUCAAAUCAGAAAAAUUCAGAAAGUGGUGAACUUGUACAGCCCUGGGAAGAAGGUAUGGCUUGGAGGAGUUGGAUUACCAUGGACUAGAGGCACUAACAACUUCUCAGACACAUAUGCUGCUGGAUUCUUGUGGCUAAACACUUUAGGAAUGUCAGCCAACCAAGGUAUUGAUGUUGUGAUCCGACAUUCAUUCUUUGAUCAUGGAUACAGCCAUCUGGUAGAUCAAAAUUUUAACCCGCUGCCGGAUUACUGGAUGUCUCUUCUUUUUAAGAAGCUUGUUGGACCUAAGGUAUUGGCAGUACAUGUUGCUGGAAUCCAAAGAAAACGUCGUCCAGGGAAAGUAAUACGUGAUAAACUUCGGAUUUAUGCUCACUGCACCAGUUACCAGAAUCACAAUUAUGUGAGAGGAUCCAUAACACUUUAUAUCAUCAACCUACAUCGAUCAAGAAAAAAAAUCAAGCUUGCAGGAACACUUCGAGACAGAAUUGUGCAUCAGUAUCUUCUUCAGCCAAUUGGAGCUGAGGGCAUACAGUCAAAGUUAGUGCAACUGAAUGGACAGCCCCUUGCCCUGGUUGAUGACGGAACCCUCCCUGAGCUCAAACCGAGACCACUUAGACCCGGCCGUACACUUGUCAUUCCUCCCCUGAACAUAGGUUUUUAUGUGGUGAAGAAUGUAAAUGCAGUGGCGUGUCGAUAUCGGUAGUUAAACCUAUUGCUGUGAUUAACACAAAGUAUCCAGUGUUCUGUCUGUGGUGAUCAAACUAACAGUGAGAGUUAAGAUACUCAUCAGAAGGCCGUCCUGCUGGGGGCCAAUGUAUGUGUGUAUCCCAGUGCACCCUAGCAGGGUGGCUUUUACAUUAUUCAGGCUACUUUAAACUCUUUAUGCACUAGUUUGCUCACCUAUAUUAGGCUGGUGUCACACAGGAAGAUUUGUAGCUGUUAUUAGUAGUUAUCAAUAAAUGGUCAUGGUUUCCAGAGGAAUUACAAUUUGCUACUUGCCCCAAACAAACAAUAAACCUAUUUUAGCACAUUACUAACCUCCCUAUGUGACAUCAGCUUUAAGGGAACAGUGAACACAUCAGGCAGAAGUGAAAUGAUCUCUUCAUUACUCAUAAUGUCAAACAUCAAAGCUAUUUCUUCCCCCCUCUUUUCACCCCUAAAAAAAACCUGAGGUUUCCUGCUGUUUAUAUGGGCAAUAUCAUUCUAGCUACACAUUUAUAUCAACAAGAUAAUGACAUGGAAAGCUAUUCGGCACAAGACACACUUGAGAAAUAAUAUUAGUGCGACUACAAGAUAUGAUGGAUGUAUGAUUUCUUCCCAUACACGUGAAUGCCAUACAGUAUUUCUCUAUGACAGGCAUAGGCUCUAGCAAUAUAUAUACAUAUAUAUGAAGCAUGGGCUCCCUAUCACUCAAUAAGAGAGUUAUACUGUAGCAGAUAAGCAACUGGGCUACUGUUUGAAAUGCUGUCAUUUUAUACUACAUCAGCCGUAGCAUUAACUUUAUAUAAAAGGCAACAAAAGAGUAUUCACUAUUUGUGAAUAUGGGUUUUCAUAAUAUAUAUUGUCAGAAAAGUGUGCAGAAAGAAACCUGUUAGGGUUAAUAAAACACAAGUGCUAAAUUGCACAUGUGAAUUAUUAACCAAUCAGCAACCGUUCUCCAAGUAAUAUUUGGAAAACAAAAGUAAACACCUGAUUGGUUGCUGUAGACAACUGCACUUGUGUCAUUGAGCACUUGUGUUUAUAAACAGGCCCUUACAUGUACUGAAUAUUAGUGAUGUGCGAGUAUCAUAAAAAAAAAUCCUUCUGCACUGAACCCUUACCUUCAAAAUGUUGCCAUUGUAGGAACCGCACCCAUACAAUACCCAUAUUUUCCAUCUCUGUACUUUACUUCUGCACUUCCCCAGUCUGACCCACACCCAACUCAAACUUGUAGUGAUUGCCUAAAUUUCAGCCUGAACCCGCUCAACCCAAGGGUAAACAAGUAUGUCCUGCUGUUUUUGGCUUAAUCCGCACAUCACUACUGAACAUGUAUUUCCCUGCAUUUUGACAGAUAAAAGUUGUUUUUUUUUAUUGAUAAAGUACAUGGAACUCUUUUGAAGGGGACUUAUCCCUGGAAUAAAGAAGCAUAAGGGUAA